AUGGCUUGCCAAGGCCGGAACCCUCAGCGUCGAUCGCCGGCGGGCCAGCCUUUUGGUUACUGCCGGCCUCCUAGGCGAUUACCAAACCAGCGAUUUGUAACCCACCGGCCAACAACGGCCCCACCUCUCGGAGCACAGUCGCUGCGGCCCAGAGCACCUCUGCCACCGCUGCCCGGAAACCUGCGUUGCCUGGCCAUCACCAAACCACCGCCACUCAACCCAAACACCACCUCCCCGCCACCAACAGGGAGGGGCACGUUUUUCGAAAAAAAUCCAAAAAAUAUUUUUGGGCAGUUUAAUGGCUUGCCAAGGCCGGAACCCUUAGCACCGAUCGCCGGCGGGCCAGCCUUUUGGUUACUGCGGCCUCCUAGGCGGUUACCAAACCAGCGAUUUGUAACCCACUGGCCAACAAUGGCCCCGCCGCCCGUAGCACAAUCGUCGUGGCCUAGAGCACCUCUGCCAUCGCCGCCCGGAAACUUGCGUCACUUGGCCAUCGCUAGACCACCGCCACUCAACCCAAACACCACCUCCCUGCCACCAACAGGGAGGAAGUUCUUUUUGCACUCCGGGAGGCAUAUCUUGAGCAUCCAGGCUCUAUUUUUGGCACACAAGAUAUCAUUGGAAAGUUGGUUCGGUGCACUUUCCAGUGAUACUCGGGAAGUUAAUGUCGUGGUUGACAAAGAGACCACUGAGGACAAGGAGAAAGAUGUGACCACAGAGUCAUCGACUGCAGAGGUUGAGUUAAACACAGAAAAACCUUCACAGGCAAAGCAACCGACAGAGGAUACCACUAAGAAACCGGUAGAUAUAACAAACAAACCAUCUGAAGAACUGGCUAAGCAAAUUUUAGAGGCACAAUUUGAGGAUCCGGCAACUAAAAGCUUAGAGAAACUGUUUGAGACACAUUUGGAGAAACCCAAACCGGUACAGGUUGAAGCACGGGGAGCUCAGGCCCAGGUCCAAAAUUCAAAUUUGAGUAGGAGUUCUGGAUCAGUGUCAGGACAUAUUGGUGCAGAUGAUUCAGAGAUUCUUGCAGAUGGAGGGAGCUCAGGUAGUAAGGAUCCUGAUGCUCCCUUGGAUUCGGGGGACCCAAGGGGAGGACCAAGAUCACGAGAAGAGCAGAUAACAGGUGAUAGCGGGAAAGGUCAGGCUCAAACUUCAAAAUCAGAAGACGACAACUCAGAAGGUGCUUGA